UUGGCUAAACAAUGUUCAAUUGCAUUGAUUGUGUUUCAAAUUCUAGGCCAAGCUGUCUAUUUUGUAUAUUAUGCAAAUGACUUCAUUCAGGUAAAAUUACGAUGAAAAACAUUAAAUUAGGAUGACGUUUCAGCUAUUAUUUUUUGAUUUAACUUCAAUCUCGGCUGGAAUAUGGACAAAUUUGAUUGCUUUCGUUUGUGGAUUUUGGCUGGUUAAUUUAUUGGCACCGAGAAUGAUGGUAACUUUUUCUUUCAAACAUAUUUGUUUCUAUAAUGGUUUUUUGCAGAUGUUCCCUCCUACUGAAAAGUUUCUGAAUAUCAUUGCAAAAAUACCAUUCUUUUCACAAUUAUUAUGGAAUAGAAAAUCACAAAUCAAAUUUACAUUAUGGAUUACUGCUAUUCUUUCAAUUGCUAUGUUUAUUUCAAGAGAUUGGGUUGUUGUCAAACACAAAACAAUAGAAAUCGAAAAACUGACUGUUGAUAAAGAUUAUAUUCGUUUUGCUGUUAUAUCAGAUAUUCAUGCGGGUGCCAGUGUAUAUAAAUCACAAGUUGCAAGUGUUGUUGAUAAAAUUGCUGAACAACAAGUCGAUGCUAUUCUUAUAAUUGGAGAUGUUGUUGAUGCUCCUGUUGAUGAAAUUAUUGAUAGAGUUUCUCCAAUUUUGUAAGUUUCAUUUUUUUCAUCUAUUUAUUUUUAAAUUUUGUUUUUUUUUUCAGCCAACUUCCGAAUCAAGCACCAACAUUUUUUGUGACUGGAAAUCACGAAUAUUAUUACGGGAAUAUGCAAGAAUGGUUAGAUGUAUAUGGAAAAUAUCAUAUUCAAGUUCUAGAUAACAAAUCAAGAAUGUUGCACGGCAUUUGUCUCGCUGGUGUCAAUGAUUUAGCUAGUUCAAAAGCUGGAAUUAAAAAUCAUGACAUGGAUUUGAGAAAAGCUAUUUCUGAUUGUCCUGAUAAUUCAUCAAAAGUUUUAAUGGCUCACAAUCCAGCAAGUAUUAAAAUAUUCCAAGUUGAUGAACCAAAAGAACUCCGAAUGAUUGAUCUCAUUUUAUCUGGACAUACUCAUGGUGGACAAUUUUAUGUUGUUGUUCCAAUUGUUUAUUGGCUGCUUCCUUAUUUCUAUGGACAUUAUCAAAUAUCAGAUGUUACACAAUUAUUUGUGAUGGCUGGCAGUUUAUAUCAGGUUAGUUUUCAUUUAUUUCAAUUAUUUUGCAGUUUUUCCAUAUAUAUUUUUUUCAGGGGCCACCGAUGAAGAUGGUUGGAAUGUCUGAAGUAUGGGUAAUCGACUUGGUCUCCGCCUAA